CGUAGCAGCUGGUCUCCGUUUAUUGUGUCAGGGUUGCUCUGAGCGAAUGGCGAGUAUGGAUAGUCCGCGCGACAUUCAAAACUUCUUAAGGAAUGAAAGGGCCAGGGCUACUGUUUCGUCCUGCUCUUCCCUCGGUAUGGAGAUUAAAAGAAAGAAGAUCAGGCAGAGCACAGUAUUUCUACCAAAAGAGGAUAGCAGCAUUCCAGAGAAGAUAGACUUCGAGGUCCGCAUGCGAGAGGGAGCCUACAAGCUCCUGGUGGCCAGCACCAAGCGGGACCAGAUCCUCAACGCCUCCAGAAGCCUCCUGACCUGUAACACGCGCAUCGUGGCCUACGUUACAGAGCUGCAGAGGAGGACGGAGGACCUGGAUGCACAGGCUGCAGUGAAGGGCAGGGUGUCAGAUCCAGUUCCUAAGGACCGUGUACCAUGCCUGGGAAAAGUAGCCCUGUCAGGGCUCAGAAUACCAUUGAUGUGGAAAGACUCUGACCACUUUAGCAACAAAGGAAGCUCGAGACGAGUGGCUGUGUUUUGCCUGAUGAAAAUUGGAGCACAAGUUUUUGACACAGAAAUGGUGGUGGUGGAUAAAUCAGCGACAGACAUUUGUUUUGAGGGCUUAACAAUAUUCUCCGGGGCCCGGCCGCACUUCCAGCUCACGCUGGAGCUCUACGGCUGUGCCAUGGAGGAGGACGCGUCUCUGGUCAACACGCCGAAGAAACUGGCCAGGAAGCUGCGCAACUCUCUGGGCAAGGCCUCCGGGAAAAAAGUCUGCCCCCUGCUGGAGGCUGGGGACCCGGAGUCUUUCCUGCAGUCUCAUCCCAUACCCCACUCAGCGAGGUACAGUCUGCUGGCGUACACGACCCUGUGCCUCGCCCAGGCUGAGGGAACCUUCCAGUCUCAUUCACUCAUAGUCACAGAGAAUGCGGAGAGUUCCUCUUGGCUGCCCCUGUAUGGAAGCCUCUGUUGCCGCUUGGUGGCCCAGCCAGACUGCAUGAUCCAGGAAAUGAUGAGUGGCUUCCUGAACCAGCAGCAGAGCGUUGGGGGUGUGAAGAGGUGCUGCUCGCUGUACUGUGUGCUGAGCGCUGGCAGCCUGGCCUGCUACUACUCCCCAGAGGAAAUCCAGGCCAAGAUGGAGCCUGCCCUGACCAUCCCCAUCAACAAGGACACACGCAUACGCAUGGUCUAUAAGGAGCAGGGCAAAGGCUCAAACAGCCUGAACAUCAUCAGCCCUGGGGCGGGGCAGGCGGGAGAGAGCAGUGUGUUCACCGCAGACAGCCGGGAGGAGCUGCAGGCCUGGGUGGAGGCCUUCUGGCAGCACCUGUACGACCAAGCCGAAUGGCAGCACUGCUGCAGCGAGCUGAUGAAGAUCGAGGUGAUGUCUCCAAAGAAACCACCGCUCUUCCAAACCAGACAUGCAGAUUCGGUCUACAACGAUCUGAGCAUCGGCUCCCCAGGGAAAUUUGAAAGCCUCACAGACAUCAUCCACAACAAGAUAGAGGAAACUGGAGGCCGUUUCCUCAUUGGCCAGGAGGAGGAAACGGAGGCCCCUGAUUGGUCCGCUCUGUUUGGGGGGCCCCGCCCCCUGGUGGUGCAGAAGAGUGUGCUCUCCCCCAGCCGGGACGACGGGCACCCCAGCCCCAACUGCAGCGGCCCCAAGAAGAGGCGCGCUCCACCCCCACCCCCUGACAAGCAGCCUUACGCCCCAGCCACCGACAGCACCGCCCACAUCCCGCUCAACAGUGCCCCCUACGCCUCGAGCAUAACCAGUUCCCCCUCCACCCCAAGAUUAGCCAGUGUCCCCCAUGCCCUGCUUACCAACGCUCCCUAUGCCUCGAGCAUAACCAGCGACCCCUACACCCCAAGAUUAGCCAGUGCCCCCCAUGCCCUGCUCAACAACGCCCCCUACACCUCGAGCAUAACCAGCGACCCCUACACCCCAAGAUUAGCCAGUGCCCCCCAUGCCCUGCUCAACAACGCCCCCUACACCUCGAGCAUAACCAGUGCCCCCUACGCCCCACUCCAGCAGAAGCAGAGGAAGCCAGGAACACGCUCAGGCAGACCCUCUCUGGAUGCCAAGUUCUCCGCCAUCAUCCAGCAGCUGCAGAAGAACCACGGCCCCGCCCACAGGCCCGCCCCUGUCCACCCGGAGGACUCUGAGAACCAACCGCCGGACCGCCCCCCGCAGCCAGUCCCCGCCCCUCGCCACAAGCGCAAGUCCUUCAGGGAGAAGAUCAAUCCCAAAGGCUGGUGAACCAACCACAAACCAGCUCCUUUCAACCUGAACCAACCACAAACCAGCUCCUUUCAACCUGAACCAACCACAAACCAGCUCCAUUCAACCUGAACCAACCACAAACAAGCUCCAUUCAACCUGAACCAACCACAAACCAGCUCCAUUCAACCUGAAGAAACCACAAGAUUGUGCUAAUUAACCAGCUCAUUUCAACCUGAACAAACCACUAGACUGUGCUAAUUAACCAGCUCAUUUCAACCUGAACAAACCACUAGACUGUACUAAUUAACCAGCUCAUUUCAACCUGAACGAACCACUAGCCACUUAUUCAUGCUGCUUUGAGCCAGAGACAUUUAUAAAUGUCUUAUAUAAACAUUCAUAAAAUGUUGGAUUUUAAAGAACGUCGCAUUAUACACUUUAGAAACCAAGUGGUAGCCUCCGUAGACUGCUUAGCAUUUUAGCGUGAGAUGAAGUUGUAUACUACAAUUUACUAACUGAAUGUGAAAGUAAUGUAUCAUGAUGAGAAAUUAGUGUAAGCUAUGUUGGCAAAGGUGUCGAGAAUGUGCAGUUGCUCAUAGCAGAUGUGCAAUUAAUUUUUUUUAUUUCGCUUUUUUAGUCUUGUUAUUUUAAAAUUAUACAAACGGUACAUUCUAUCGAGGAGUGUUUCCUGGUCCUGCAGAAUAAAUAAUAAUUGCAAA